GUGCACCUUCCACAAACUCACGCUUUCGCUUUCCCCUCUGACGAGUACUAGGCCAUCAAUCCGCGACAUGACGCAGAGUGCACAGAACUUGCUCAACUCCGGCGAUGUGAAGGAGACUCGUGAAGUCGCCCAAGACGAGUUUUCCGGGCUCAACCUUACCGAGAUGGGGGGUCGCGUGGGGUUUAAAGGUAUCUUCGAUAACACAUUCGUACUCGGUGUUACAUGCUUCGCAACUCUAGGAGGGUUUCUUUUCGGCUAUGACCAGGGGGUCGUCAGCAAUGUGCUUGCGAUCGAGUCUUUUGGUGCUGCGUUCCCAAAAAUCUACAUGGAUAGCAACCUCAAGGGUUGGUUUGUGUCGACCCUACUCCUGGCUGCAUGGUUUGGCUCUUUGCUAAAUGGUCCUAUCUGUGACAAGAUUGGACGGAAACGCAACAUCAUGGGGAAUAUCGUUAUAUUCUUGAUCGGUGGUGCCCUCCAAACAGGAGCAACUGCGGAGAAACAUCUUUUCAUUGGUCGAGCCAUUGCUGGUCUUGCUGUCGGCGCGUUGACACAUGUUGUUCCCAUGUACCUGGCUGAAAUCUCGAGCGCAAAUAUCCGGGGAGCUCUUGUUGCCCUUCAACAGCUCUCCAUUACACUUGGGAUUCUCAUAAGCUACUGGAUUGCAUAUGGCACAUCACAUAUUGGUGGUACACGCUGUGCGCCAGGGGUUCCAUACACAGGACCGCUCUUAAACGGCAGUCCCACAUUUGAUCCAUAUACCGAUGUUCCUGAGGGUGGCUGCACGGGCCAGAAGCAGGCGUCGUGGAGAGUCCCCAUCGGCAUCCAGUUGUUCCCUGCCUUGUUACUCGGUAUAGGCAUGGCGUUUCUCCCUUAUUCUCCUCGUUGGUUGAUGGAACGUGGACGUGAUGAUGAAGCUCUGCAAACCCUUUCUUCCCUCCGUCGAAAACCACUUAAUGAUCUCACUGUCCGCUAUGAAUUCUUAGAGAUCAAGGCCGAACUUCGCUACUCUCGUGAAAUCACGGCACUUAAAUAUCCCAACGCGUCCAAGUUCCAGCGAUUUAUUAACAACUACAUUGCACUCAUCUCUACUUGGCCCAAAUUCAAGCGUUUGGCCGUUGGGUGCCUGACAAUGUUCUACCAACAGUUCAUAGGCAUCAAUGCCAUAAUUUACUAUGCACCUACCAUUUUCGGGCAGCUUGGACUCAACCCCAACACGACAUCUCUUCUGGCAACUGGCCUCUAUGGAAUCCUUAAUACUCUUGGCACUCUCCCCGCUAUCAUGCUACUUGAUAGCGUGGGUAGACGGCCACUCCUGAUGUCUGGUGCUCUCGGGUGUUGUGUUGCUUUGCUCAUUGUCGGUUCCCUCAUUGCUGCCUUUGGUGACGAUUGGCCGGCACAUCCCUCUGCUGGUCGCGCCGCUAUUGCCUUUGUGUACUUCUACGGCGUGAACUUUGCAUAUUCGUGGGCACCUAUUGGUUGGGUCCUCCCAAGUGAAGUCUUCCCUCUCCAUCUCAGGUCAACGGGAAUCUCCAUUACCACGUCGUGUACAUGGAUGUCUAAUUUCAUUAUUGGUUUGGUCUCCCCGCGGAUGCUCGCCCAAAUUGGGCAUGGUGGAACAUACUUUUUCUUCGCUGCAUUCGCUAUUUUGGCAUUCCUUUCUGCACUCUUCUUCUACCCAGAAACUAAAGGGAAGACCCUUGAAGAGAUGGACGCGGCGUUUGGGGAUGCUACGAGCGAACAGGAGAAACAGCAUAUGGAAAGGAUCUGCCGUGAACUUGGUCUUCCAAGCAAGGCCCUUCUUUCAGCUUGAAAACAGCCGUAGAGCGACGAAGCCGCACGAGCGGCAUGCCCUAUAUUUACUGUCAUCUCCUAAGCCACAUAGUCAUCAAUCCAUUGCUGAACUAGUCAGAUGGUGUGUAAGGUUCGAUGAAUUCUUCAGGUAUGUCUGAUUGAUAUGGCGAAUACUCAUCCAUGUUUCAGUGAGUGGACGAAAAUUACCAGGUCGGCUGGAGGUCCCGCGAUUUAGAGGGCCUUCACCGUGCUGUGCCAUAAUUGGGUUCCCUACAGAUGCUACUGGCGUGGUGGUAAGCGACAGUCCAGCCUGCCUGGAAUUCGCAAUGUUUUCCCUUUGUUUCCAUUAGGAGUU